AUGGAGGCAAUUAAAAACUUUCGCGCGCAACAAAACGACACGUCCAGCGAGCGGGUGGGCCGCAAUCUCGCGUCACACAAACAAAAGUCCGCGCGGGGUUCCGACGCAAUAUCACUUACGGGGUCCAUGGGGGUAAGGGGGAGAGGGGGGUUGCCACCAGACCCGCAAACUGAAUUUGCCCCAUCGUCCACUCAAAAGUCAGCGCGCUGGGCUGAGCCGCGCUCAGGCUCGAGCGCUGAGUCGUCAGGCCCGAGCGGACCGAGCGCCGAGCUAAUGCGGCGACCCCCAAACGACAAUUUAAUAAAGAAAGCUAAAGCCGCGCCGCGCCUCCGCAGUAAUAACUUUGUUUUCGACGCUAUGGCUUCUCCUUUACUGGGCAGGGUGCGGUCUCAUAGAGUUUUAUUUGCACGUCGCCUUAACCCGCGCGCGCUGCCAAUAUUAAAUUCUGCAAGCGCCCCCGCGCCCCCUCCCCCCGCCGACACGGGACACCCCCCUCUACAUAGAGCUCGC